CAGUCUUUUAAUUGCAUAUCAAGUAUCAUUGUGGUUUUUUCAAAUAUUGUUGCAAUCAACCAACCACAUAGGGCGAGCAUCUUCGUGUUAUAAACGUCACCACAAAUAGUUAACUGUCAUCAGAUUUGAGUCCAAAAAACUAACUACUACAUAAAAAUAAUUGUCAAGAAGCAAAAGCAAAGAAAAUGCUUUCACUUUUUCUUCGUAACACACCCAAAAUUGUUGGCGGCAACGGUGGCGUCGUCGGCUCGUUGGCUUCUUUAAGUACCACGGCAAUAAAUCAAAUCUUAUUUCCUCUUGGCAGUAGUCGUCGCAUUGCGUUAUUUUUGCUUCCUGUCGUCUCAUUGGCCUCAAAAUCCUCGUCCCCACUCGGCCGGCACUUUGCAACAUCGUUGCCCUCUUCUGCCUUCCUUUUGACACCAACUCGUUGUUUCUGUUCGUCAGAUUCCCACAAUAAAAUGGAAAAUAAAACAGAAAAAGUUGCCGUUGAUAAGGAGGAGCUCAGGAAACGCUUGACACCUUUACAAUAUCAAGUUACCCAAGAGGCAGCUACCGAGAGACCGUUUACAGGUUGUUACAACAAACACUAUGAAAAGGGUGUCUACCAAUGCAUAGUGUGUCACCAGGACCUGUUUAGUUCGGAUACAAAAUAUGAUUCCGGUUGUGGUUGGCCUGCUUUCAAUGAUGUCUUAGAUAAGGGCAAAAUUACUUUACAUCGUGAUGCCAGUAUACCAGGGGGUAAUAUUUUACUACUAAUUAAACAUCCAGAACGCAUACGCACAGAGGUACGCUGCGCCCGUUGCAACGCCCACAUGGGCCAUGUAUUCGAGGAUGGACCGAAGCCAACACGUAAACGUUAUUGCAUCAAUUCAGCCGCCAUUGAGUUCAUAUCGGCCGAGGAGCUUAACAAACAACAUGGUGGAGGUGUGCCAACAACGAAUGUCAAUACAGCCACGCCCAUUGCCCAGCAAUAGCAGUAGUAGCCAGCCGCCGUCGCCAAAGUAUAUGAUAAACUCACUUUUCUACACAACUGAGGCCAAUUAGUUUUUUUGUUUUAAUGUUUUUUUUAAUAAAAAAAAAUAAAAAAUAAAUAUAAAUUGUAAAAAAACAAACAUUUUUAUAAGCUUACCCAACAUCCCCAAAUCAUCAACAACCCCUGUCAAUUUUUAUAUAAACAAUCUAUACAAAGAAAAACGAAAAAAAAAACUAAUAACUCUCAAGUUAAAAGGACAAUAUUUUUCCAACAACAACAAAAUGCAAAAAAUAUUAACUAAACAAAACAUUUCUUCUUCUAAUUUACUUCAGUGUAAAUAAGCGCAAAUAUUUAAAUUGUAUUUGUUACGAUUUUAACAGAAAAUUUCUAAAAACCUUUGUUUGUUGUUACCAUUGUUUCUAUUAUUUUUCUUCGCUUAAAAUACAAUAAACAAAAAAUAAACAACAAUAAUUAACAUGUAUUUUUAUAAAGCAA